AUGAUUAGAGCUAUAAAUUCUGAUACAAGAAACCAUGUGGUACGAGUGAUUUCAAGAAGAGGAAUUUCUGAUAAUCGGUAUUCCCAGCAAUUGGAAAGUGCAAGAACAAAUGUCAGAAGCACAUUAGAAAAAUAUGAUCGAAGCUCAUUUAUUUUGAGUGCGUAUGUUCCCGAACCUGCUAGAGAUAGUUUCCUUGCCAUAAGAGCAUUUAAUGUGGAAGUCUCGAAAAUCAAUUUGAAGAACAAUUAUGCCAAUAUGGGAGGGCUUACGUCAGUUGAUUUGAAGUUCAAAUUUUGGUCAGAUUUUUUAUCAAGAGUUUUCAGGAACCCUAAUGGAAAUGAGACCAUAACUGAGCCAACCAUGUUUUUAAUUCGUGAUUCUUUAAAACAAGGGGUUAGCUUGAACGUUGACUAUUUCAAUACUUUCCUAAAUAGCCGAAAGCACUGGUUAGAGAAACCAACUUUUCAAGAUAUUGAUAGCAUCUGUUCUUUUGGUGAAGGAACAUACUCACAAUUGAUCUAUUUGCAGCAAUCAACAUUGCUAUCUUCCCAUAUUUCCCCAUCUGCUAUAAGUUUACUAGAAGAAUCUCCUUCUAUUCAAAAUCUUACCACUGAUAUUGCUGCCCAUAUUGGCCAGGCCAACUCAAUCGCUAGCACAUUGUUAUCACUAAAAUAUUAUGCAAAGCAAGAAUUAGUUCCUUUGCCUAUUGAUGUUAUGGCUGAGCAAGAUCUAUCUCAAGAUUCUUUAAUAGGAUACAUAAAUGAAAUCUCCAAGGAUAAGAAGGUGAAAAACUUGGAAUUGGAAGAGAAAUUGAAGAAUGUUAUUUUUGCGGUAUCAACCAGAGCCAACGAUCAUUUAUUAACAGGAAGAUAUAAGUUGGACAAGCUUAAGGAAGAAAUUAAAAAGGUGCUGGCGUCUACUAACAACGAAUUGGUGUCUAAGUACUCUAAAAGUUGGAGAGGAGGUAUCCCAGAUGUGAUAUUUGUUCCGUUUAUGAAUUCCAUUCCCGUUGAUAUAUUUAUCAAGAACUUACAAAAGAAGGAUUUCAAUAUUUUGGACGAUCGCAUCACCAACAGUAGUAUGAACCGUUGGAGAGUGGUUUGGAACUCUUUUUAUAAUUAUUAUUCCAGAAAUAUCUGA